AUGUCUACAAACCAGAGUGUAUUUGUGGAUUUCCUUAUAUUGGGAUUGACAGAUCUACCUAACAUAACAGUUCCCCUCUUUAUAGCCCUUCUUCUUAUGUACAUGCUUACUUUGAUGGGAAAUUUGGCCAUUAUUUUGAUUGUACAGCUAGACAACAAUCUCAACACACCAAUGUACUUCUUCUUAGAAAAUUUAUCCUUCUUAGAUAUCUGCUAUACAUCAACAACAAUGCCAAUAAUGCUAGAGAUGCUCCUAGUUGACCGUAGAGCACUAUCCUUUUUAGCGUGUGCAUUCCAAAUGUAUUUUUUUGUUGCCUUUGUGGGCACUGAGUGUGUUCUGCUUGCAAUAAUGUCCUAUGACCGUUUCCUAGCUAUAUGUCAUCCCCUCCGUUAUUCUACUUUCAUGAAUAAAAAUGUUUGCAUUGCUUUGGCCGGCAUAUCUUGGUUCUGUGGCUUUAUGAAUUCUGUAGUUCACACAGUCUUCACUUUUCGUCUACACUUUUGUCAUUCCAACAGGAUAAAUUAUUAUUUCUGUGAUAUACCUCCUCUUCUUGUCUUAUCCUGUGAUGACACGUCUGUCAAUGAAACCUUAUUACUCACCAUAGGUGUUUUCAUAGGAUGGACACCUUUUCUCUGCAUUAUUAUCUCAUACAUUUACAUUAUUGGAACUGUAUUGAAAAUCAAGAAUUGUCAUGGAAGACAGAAGCCAUUCUCAACCUGUAUUUCUCAUCUAACAGUGGUGGCAUUAUAUUACGGUAGUGCAAUUUUCAGCUAUGUGAGACCUGUCUCCACCUAUUCAAUGAAAAAGGACAAAUUGAUCUCAGUUUUAUAUGGUAUUGUGACUCCAAUGUUAAACCCAGUAAUAUACACUUUAAAGAACCAGGAUGUCAAGAAAGCAAUCAAAAGGCAAAUGACUUUAAGGAAAAAAUAA